ACCUAUUGUUUAAAUAAAUAAAUAAAUAUAAAUAAACAAAUUCAAUUAUUAAUAAUUAAUUAAUCUGCAAAUACUUGAGGCUGCAAGUGUUAAAUAUAUCAUGUCUAACUUUGACCCUGAAAAUUAAUAUUAAAACCAAAUAAAUAAAUUAAUAAAUAAAACAGAGAGAAGAGAGUGAGAGAGAGAGGAGAGAUAAAAGCAGUAUGGUGUAUGGCUAGUAUGAUUGUUGGUCGCAAGUUGCACUGUCGUAGUUUCAAGUGACACAUUAUCAAAAAAACAACAAUAAAAAACUACCCCCUCAAAAUUAAAAAAAAAACAGAGUUAUUAAAUAAAUAUAAAUAAAUCUAAAUCGUUAUAAAAUGUGUGCCAUUUGUUUAUAAUAAAAUAAUUAUAAUUAAAUUUAACAAUGAUUAAAGAAAUGGCUAAUGAUGAGGCAACUCAGGCAACAAAUGAUGAUGCAAGUGAGUGCAAAAGAUAUGCUGUACAACUUGGAUACUGGCAAGAUCCAUUUAUUAAUUAUUUUGUGAGACAAACAGUAAGAAAAGCACCAGAAAUAAGUUGUGGAUACUAUGCAAGAGUCAAGGGUAUUGAAGUUUUUAUUGACAAAUUUUUAAAGUUGUCAAGUGGAAAAGGACAAAUAAUUAAUUUUGGUGCUGGUUUUGAUACACUUUAUUGGAGACUAAAAGAUACUGGAUGUGUACCACAAAAUUUUAUUGAACUUGAUUUUCCAAGUGUUACUGCUAGAAAAUGUUAUCACAUUAAAAAACAAAAACAACUUAUUGAUAGGCUCAAUACUGAAGAUGGUGAAAUUAAAUUUUCAACAACUGAAUUACAUGCAGCAAAUUAUCAUUUAAUUGGUGUUGAUUUACGUCACAUAUCAGAGUUAUCAAAUAAAUUAAUUCAAGCUGAAGUUGAUUUUAAUUUACCAACAUUGUUUAUAGCUGAAUGUGUACUUGUUUAUGUUGAUAGUAAUGCAGCAUCAGUAUUAUUAAAAUGGCUAGCUGAUAAAUUUAAUAAUUCAUUAUUUGUUAAUUAUGAACAAGUUAACAUGCGUGAUAAAUUUGGUGAUGUAAUGCUGACAAAUUUACGUCGUAGAGGUUGUUUACUAGCUGGUGUUGAAGAUUGUGUGUCGUUGGAAACACAACAAAGACGUUUUACAAUGCAAGGAUGGCAAGGUUCAAAUGCUUGGACAAUGGUUGAAGUUUAUGAUUCAUUACCUGAUUCAGAAAAAAAAAGAGUUGAACAUAUUCAAAUGCUAGAUGAAAGAGAAUUACUUAUUCAAUUACUUCAACAUUAUUGCAUUUCUAUUGCUUGGAAUGGUACAAUGUUUAAAAAUUUAACAAUUGCACAGGGGUAAUAAAAUUUCAUAUAUUUAAUUGUAAAUUACCAAAUGGUACUACAAGUUGUCAAGACAAUUAACAAAUUGUUUUUACGAAUCAAUUAAUUUUUGUCAAAAUUAAAUAUAAGGAGAUUAUUUACUUAACUAAAAAAAAACAAGUUGAAAAUGUGGAAAUUAAUUUCCUAUAUUUUUCACAAAAUAAAUGUGAUAAAUGAGUUCUAUUGUUGUGAAAUUUAAAAAAAUUAAAAUAUUAUAUAUAUUACUAUAUAUUUAAAUAUAUAUCAAUCAAAAAUAAAAAUUAAUCCAGACUGAGAUAAGUGGGUGGAUAAUUCAAUGAAUAAUUUAAAUAUAAAAACAGUAAAAUAUUUUAGUUUAAAAAUUGUAGAAUUGUUUUUUUUGUUUUAUUUAGUAAAUGAUAUUUUUUUUAUUUCUGUGAUUAAAUGAUAAACUUAAUUUUUAAUACAAAAUAUAUAUUGAUAAUGGUUAAUCAAAUUAUUCAAUAUUGGAAAAUGAGGGUAUGAUAAAACAAAAAUUUAGAAAAAUUCGUUAAAAAAAAAUUAAAAAGAUUUGUUAAAGAUUAAAAAUUAUUCGACCAGUACUAGAUAAAUAUUAAAAUUCCUCAAAUUUUUUAAAUUAUUAGAUGAUAAUAAAGUGAUGAUAAAUUCAAUUUAAAAAAAUAUAAUUUAACUGCCAUUUAUAUUGUAUGAUAGAUCAUAGUUCUCUCCAUUUUUGCAAUUAAUAGGUUUAUCAUUAACUAAUUUUUUUUAAAUUAUUAUAAUCAUUGUUUUUUGUCCUGAUGAUAAAUUAACUAAUUUUUAUUAUUUAGAAUAAUCUACUUUCUUGGUCAAUUUUAUUUCGAACGCACAUUUCCAACAACAAGAUUUAAAAAUAAUAAAAUUCUUGGAAUUAUUUAUCCUCAAUAUUGAAAUAAUAAAAUUAUUUUCAAAUAAUCAUCUAACCAAAGAAUAAUAAAUUACCAUUCGACAAUAUCAAUGCAAAUGACAAUUACUUUGUCAUAAAUUUUUCAAACUAAUUUAAAAAAAAAAAAGAAAUAAUUCUAAUUUCAAUUCAAAAUUUCGUUAAAAAUAUUUUCCAUUAUAAUCUCAAGAUAUAAUCUAGAUGUAAAAAUAAAAAUAUAAAAAAAUUUCGUGUGCUUCCAUGUCAGUAUAAAUGUAUAAACAACAAUAAUAUUAUUCAAAUAAUUUAUCUUGAAAAAUAUUAAAUAAACAACCAAAGUAUUUUCAAAAUUAUUCCAUCAAAAUGUGACAUCGAAAUUAAUAAUAUUUGUUGUAUUAAAAAAUGUAUAUUAAUUAUUUUUAUCGUAUGUAUUUUUGUCAUGGAUAUUAAUUAAUAAUAAUAAUAUAUUUAUCAAUUUUGUGCAGUCAAAUAAUUCAAAUAAUUAUUUUAUUAUUAUGUAAAAUAAAUGAAUAAAAAACAACAAUAAUAUAGAAACAUUAGCUCCAAUAAUUUAUUCAAAAAAAAAUAUAGAUAUAUAAUUUUAAUUGUUGCUAAUACUUAUAUUUAAUUCUCUCUUAUUAUUACUAUUAUAAAUAUAUAGUUCAUUUUUUUUUUCUAUCAAAAAUUGCAUUGUACGUUGCAGCAACAAUAUAAUUUGAUUUUAUCAAAAUUAUAAUUGUAUAAUAAAGGCACCAAAUUUCAUAUUAUAAAAUUUCCAAAAUAAUGUUAAUAAUAAUAAUUAAGUAGUAUAACUAACAAUAGAUAAUUAUGAAAAAAUAUUAAAAACCAAGUGGUGUAUCUGCUGGAUUAAUUCCACCAUUUUCACAAACAUUUUGUGAUAUUUUU